AUGGCUUCCCGGCUUUUCGCCGCAGUGGCUCGGCGCGGUCGAUCGUGCGGCGCGCUGCUGAGUCAGCAGCAGCAGCCUGCGCGGCUCGUUCAGGAGCGCGCGAUGGUGCUCGGAGCGGACCACACGAGCAAAUGGAUGCAGAGGGUGGAGCAGCCGUCUCCCAUGGAGCUCGUCAACGCCGUGCCGCCCAUCCUCGUGCACUUGCGCGUCGUUGUCUGCCGUGGAGGUCCCAACCCCGCUUUGGGCCAUCCAGUGGAGUACAUCAACGUGGACGCUCCUCAGCCUGCUGUCUGCAAGUACUGCGGCCUGCGCUUCCUGCAAGAGCACCACCAUUGA